GUUUCCCGUAUAAAUAUGGGUGAGAUUCCUCGUGAAAGACCCUGUAUAACAGAAGAACAGGCUGAACAAAUGAAGACAUUCAACUCUGUAGCCCCAAGAAUAUAUGGGAAUCCAAAGAUUCACAAGGAGGGAAACCCUAUUAGACCCAUAGUAUCCAGCAUAAAUAGCCCAAUGAAUUCACUGUCAAAAUUUGUGGCUGAUAUCCUCAAAAGUGCCUAUAAUACAGACAAUCCAUAUUAUGUAAAGGAUUCAUUUCAAUUUGCACAGGAUAUUAACGAUUUUGAAAUACCAGAUGACUACAGACUAAUUUCCCUGGAUGUCGUUAAUUUAUUUGGUAAUUUGGACAAGGGUGAAAUACUUGAGAUUAUAAGACUCAAAUGGAACAUCAUUAAAGAUCAUACGACUGUAGAUAUGGAAUUAUUUAUUGAAAUAAUCGAAUUCUUGCUGAACAAAAACUAUUGCACAUUUAAACAAAAUUUCUAUCUUCAAGUUUUUGGGUGUGCAAUGGGUUCAAAACUUACACCCAUCCUAGCACAAUAUGUGAUGGAUCAUGUAGUGGAUUCCUGCUUGGUUAAAUUAUCAUUCAGAGUACUUUUCAUAAAGAAGUUUGUGGACGACAUCAUAUUGGCAGCACCUGAAGAUCAUAUUCAAACUACACUCGAAUGCUUCAAUUCACAUUCUGCAAAUCUCCAAUUCACCAUCGAAAUAGAAAAUAAUGAACAAGCAGUACCAUUCUUGGAUACAAAAGCACUUAGACAUAACAACCGUAUAAAACUAAAAUGGCAUAGAAAAGAUACCCACUCAAACAAGAUCAUUCACUUCCAAUCAGAUCACAACAUAAAUAUAAAAAUAAACACCGUAAAACAGAUGAAAAAUAGAAUCAACAAAAUAUGCCAUGAUACAUUCAAACAAGAGGGAAUAAAAAGAUUACAGGAAAUUUUCAAGCAAAAUUCAUAUCCAAAUGGUCUGCUGAACAAAUUGCUUUAUGCUAAUGAUGAGACACAAACAUCACGUCAGAUAGAAAACCAAAAUACAACCACGAGUAGAGUACAUAUUGCAUCAUAUCCAAAUGUAAACAACCUAACAAAAAAACUUAAAAAUAUAUUCAAGGAUGAAAACGUAAAAAUUGCAGUGUACAAUCAAAAAACCGUUAGAAAUUUAUACAGCAGGAUAAAGGAUCCUAUACCAACUCCACUGAAAAGUAAUAUCGUCUACGAAAUAGAGUGCUCGGGUUGCGACCGCAGUUACAUUGGACAAACCUCACAGUGUGUCAAAAAUAGAAUUGCGAUACAUAAAUCGGACAUAACAAAAUAUAAAGAACGGUGUGCCCUAGCUAUUCACGCGCAUAAUUUAGACCAUCGUGUAGAUUUUGGUAGUGUAAAGGUAUUGAAAUCUGAACCAAAUUAUCAUAAAAGACUGAUACAUGAAAUGAUCCACAUCAAUAAAACAGAAAAGGUGAUAAAUAAAAAAACGGACACCAACAAUUUGAGUUCAAUAUAUAGUUAUUUGUUGGAAAUAUCAAAAUACAAGAACUUUUACGAUGGCCCUGUAGAUGAAUAAUGAACCAGGAAGAAUUGGGAACACAAAGUAAAGAUCUAAAUCCACAGAGAGCUGUAACAUAACCUGUAAUUAUUUCGUAAACAAAGCAACAAUAACAAGUUUAUCAAUCAUUUAUUUCUAUAAACUGCGAUGCGGCUAAUUUACAUUGAUAAUUGUAUUUGUAUUGUUUUGUCUAGUCUGUAAGUUUUAUUUAAUGACGAAUGUUUGAGCAUGAUGCUAGU